UGGGGUCCGGACGGGGGUGGGUCCGGGCGCCAAGACUCUCCCUGAAUGAAUGGACAGAACCCUGGGUGGAGGGUCCCGCACAGUCCUAGGCCAGCAGGUGGGUGUCGAUGGGCGCCACUGGCCUUGCCUCCGCUUACUUGAGGGUGGAAUGGGCUCCAGCGCCCGCCUCCACAGUGACUCUAGGGUGCGGUCGGCUGGGAGACAUGGUCGUGAGGAGUCUGCAGGGCCCCAGCCCUGGUGUGAGGGCUGCUGGUGGGGCGAGGGCAUCUGAAGGGGCUUUGGCGCGGCUUGGUUGGGUGGUUUCGGCGACCUUGCCCCAUCUGGGCGUCCGAGUCGGUCCCAGGCGGAAAGCCCUCUCGAGGCCGGCAGGGGGCGCGAGAGUCUGCACCUCAGGCAGCCUGGGCCAAGCCUGGCCCCCGCUAGGGGGAAGGGCAGAGGGACAGGACCCACGAAGCCAGGACAGGCCCUGGCCCACCUUGAUGAAAGACUGAGGACUUGGAGGCCCAGGGGGCCCAGGGCCCCACAGAUUCCUCCAUUGCCUUCCCCAGGUUUGGGGGGCUCUAGGAGGAUCUCACUAUUUCUCUGCCCCUUUGCCAGAGUCCAGGCACACAAUGGGACCCAGCAGCCAUGCCUAGAUAGAAGAUUCUAGAGAACUGGCCAGUGCCCUCUUCACACAGGUGGGGAAGGGCAGAGGGGUAGAUGGGCCCCAGAAGCAGGUCUCCCACAGCCCAGGCCUGUGCUCUCUGCCCCACUCCCUCCCAAGGAGCCUUUUGUGUGGCUCUGAAGAAAGAGGCGCCAGGAGAAGGGCACAGGCUGCCACGCCGGGGUCCUGUGCAGGGACUGGGCAGGAGGUGAAGUUCAUGAACCACAGCCUUUCCUUCUCCCCCUAGCACCCACCAGUCCCAGCUGUUCGGCUCCCUGGGGAAGAAGGGGCCUUGCUGGCUUCUGCAGCUGGUGCAGUAGGGCUGGCCUGCAGAGAGGUGCUCUACACCCCUGCCAUCUGCCCUGCACAGGGCAGGGCCUUAGGGCAGGCUCUGUGUCCAGGUGGACCCCAGGAUGAGGGGUGAGGCCGAGGCCUAGGGGAAGGGAGGAGCCAGGUGGGCCGCUGGGAGCGGGAGAGCAGCCUGGCAGAGCUGGCUCCCCACCGGCUGACGUGCCCACGCGUGCGGCCUCCACCCCUGGAUUUCCAAGGUACCAGAUGGGGCCCUGGGGCUGGUAGUCUCCCAGGGGAGCUUAGCUCAGAUAGGGAGCCCCUGGGCAGGGGUAUCCCCCUGGCCAGGGAGCCCCAACUCCUGGUUCUAGGCCAGUCUUCUGUGGACAGAGCACAGAACUGGCUCCAGACCUUGGUCCAGACCUGUGACCUCUCCUAGACAAGGAGCUCCCUCUCCCACUGCAGACCAGGCUGGGGCCCCAGCCCGCUGUGGGGGAGGGGAUGCCCACAGGCCUCUGCUUUUCUGGGGCUGGGGAGGUGGUGCUGGGCGGGAGUGGGAGGGGGGCUCCUGCCUUGGUGACUCCAUUAUUCAUCAGCCCCAGCAUCUGGUUUCUCGGUAUCAGUUUCAACAAGCCAGUCCUGACUCAUGAGCCUGGAGCUGCGGCUGGGCUGGGGAGGGGCCCCCUCCCCAGGGAGUCAGGGGCUGGGACCUUUUGGGCCUGCGCAUGGGCCAUUUCAGCUCUCUUGUGUAGAGAGGAGGUGGGAACCUCAGAGCCUGAUGAGGCCUCCUCCCUCCCCUGGUGCAGGGGCCUGGGGUGCCUUUCCUCCCCUGCUCUGCAGGUUCCUUGACCCUGCACUCUUGGCUCUGGGGCAACAGGGCCCUGGCUUUCUAAGGAGCAGCCCCAGCCCUGGAUGGAGGACCCAGGCAGGAGCAUGAUUCAGGGUGGCCAGAACCUGGUCACUCAGGUGACCUCUGGUGACCUGUCCUGGCCCAGCCCUGAUGGUCUCCACUUGAUGCAACCUGGUUACCCUAGGCCAGUGGGCUUGGGGAUCUGCCCUGUCCCCAAGGGGGUGGACCUCAAGGCCCUGCUGCCCAAACCACCACUUGGCUGGCCUUCAUGUCCCCAUGCCUUCUCUGUGCCUGAGGCACAUGGGUAGUGGUCCAGUGGGCAUCUGCUGUUAGUACUAGUCACUUUACCUUUCCGAACCUCAGUUUCUUUGUCUGUUGAAUGGGGGUAGUACCAGUGUUUCCUCCUUACGGUCUUUUAGAAGAGUGAACAGGACUUGGCACAGGCCUGGGCACUUGGGACUGCUCAGCGGCUGGCCACGGAGGGCAGCAGUAGGGGCAGGGGGCAUGCGCAACACCUCCAAGCUUUGAGGUGGAAACGGACCUGCCUGGGGCCAGCAAGCCAAGGUCAUGGAUGCUAGGAGGAAGGAGAGAACCUGUGGACAGGCAGUGGGGAAUGCUUUGUUGACUGUUGGCCACAGAAGGGGACAUCCUGGCCAAGACCUUUCAGGCCCCAGUGGCCUUCUCUGGCACGAAGCCCCUUCCUCCGCUUUCAUUCAUCCAUUUAUCAUCUAGUCUGCACAGAGCAUCUACGGUGGCCAGGACUAUUCUAAGUGCCGAGGAUGAAGUGUGGGCCAGACAGCCAAGACUCCUGGCCACUGGAGAGGAUAGUCUAGCAGGGAAAAGUGAUAAUCAAGAAGUGAACAAAGAAAUAAAAUAAUUUCAGGUAGUAAUAGCUGCUUCGGAGGAAAUAAUUCAAUGUAAGGGGUUUGAGAGUUCCAGGGUAAGGGGCUAUUUAUUUUGAGAGACGGGUGAAGACCUCCUUGGGAGGUAGCAGUUAAGGUGGGGCCCAGUGCCAGCUGUUGGAAGAUCAGGGGCACGUUGUGUCCCAGACAGAGAAUGCAGAGGUGCAGGCUCUGAGCUUGGUGAGUUGUAGGGAUGAAGGAAUCCAGCACGGUGGACCACCCUGUGGAACUGGCCAGAGGGCACGGUAGGAGCCAGGCCACAGUUGGGAUUUUAUUUUAAGCAAGAUGGGAAGCCACAGGAGGGUUUGUGGAGGAGUGACAUGAUCAGGCUUUAGUUUACAAGAGAUGUGCCAGUGGUGUGGACAGGGGGAUGGCCCAGGAUUUGGGAGCAGAGGGGGUCCUGGAAAGCUCCCGGCCCGAAUAAAUUGCUGCUCUCCCACCCUCUUUCCACCCAGAACCAUAUUGAGGGGGAGCUGACUAGGGGAUGGGAGGGGGCUGAUGACAGCAUGUCCCCCUCCCCCAUGGGUCCUGAGGAGUUCCCCAGGGAGGCCAUUCCAGAACCUCAGAGUCAAAAGUCUGGGUGUCAGUCCUGCCUGUGGACUUUUCCCUCACUUUAUCCGCCACGCGAUGAAUGAAGAUAACAGUGCCCCCCUCCGCCUCCCGGGAAUGAGUGUAAAAGCGCUUUGACAACCUACAGUGGGGACCCCGGCACCCCAAUCCUGGUCGGCGUCCUCGCCAGUCUCUGAUGAGCGCCCCCUGGCGGUAGGGCACCCGGAAGCUCCCGCGUGGCCCCUGGGCCGGAGGGACCAGCCUGCAGCAGCAGGGGCCUCACAGAAAGCUGAGUUGGGCUGCGGGGUUUUCCGCGACACCCCCGUCUCACUGUGCUCCUGGAGGCUCCCCAAGGACUACCCUCUCCGCCCCGCGCGCCUGCCUUCUGCCCGCCGCCUCCACCUGUGGUCACCGGCGCCCCUCUGCUCCUCUGCCAGCACCACUGGCCUAGGCAGUGGGAGCGGGGGUCCCCCGGGCUCAGGCUCUGAGCCGGGGGUCGCUUGGAUUGUGGGCGGGCACUAAGAGGACCCUCAGGAGGGCCUCUGAGCGCCGGCUGUGGCUGAGGCGGGGAAGUCGGUGGUCAGAGCAGAGACAGAUGUCCUCGGAGCUGGACAGGGAGCGGGGGUCUGAGGACCCGGAGAGGGAUGUGUCCCUGGUCUGGUCCCCCCUCUUCUGCCGCCAGCAUGAAGGGAGUUCCCUCAGGGGAGGGGGAAGAGGUCCCCCGGGCUGAGGCUCUGGGGCGGGGGUCCCCAGGGCUGGGGGGAAGGGACUGAGAUGCCCUUUCGGCCGGGAGGGAUCUCCUGUGCCCCAGCCGUUUGCGUUGGGGUCGGGAUGGAGGUCUGAGCAGAGUGGGGCGCCCGUGGGACUGGGCGGGGGCCGGGAUUCCGCAGUCAAGGCGAGGGCGUUUGUCACCGGCGGGCCCCCUGCCCCCAGCAUCCAAGGAGUUCCCCUGGAGGAAGGAGGAGGUCCGGGAGGGACCCUCUGAGCCCGGGACCUUUGGGCCGGGGGUCAGAGCCGGGCUGCGGGCGGGAGGGUGGGUGUUCCCCGCCCCCGGGGUCCCGGCGCGCUCAGCGGGCGGGCGCGGCCGCACAAUGGCAGGAAGCGGGGCUCCGCGCUUUGUCCGGCGGGCGGCGCAGACCGCCGCUUCCUCCGGCCGCCAUGGGGACGGGACCCGGCGUCUCCGGGCGCCGCGCGGCCUCCAGGCCGAGCCCCGGGCUGCCCUCCCGGGACUCCGAGCCCGGCUGGGCGGGGGGUCGCGGCCGCCACGGGGAAGACCAGAUAUGCCACCACGCCGACUGCCAGCAGCUGCACCGCCGGGGCCCCCUCAGCCUCUGCGAGGCCUGUGACAGCAAGUUCCACGGUGCCAUGCAUUAUGAUGGGCACGUCCGCUUCGACCUGCCCCCCCAAGGCUCUGUCCUGGCUCGGAAUGUGUCCACCCGGUCAUGCCCCCCGCGCACCAGCCCUGCAGUGGACAUAGAGGAGGAGGAAGAGAGCUCUGUGGAUGGCAAGGGGGACCGGAAGAGCACAGGCCUGAAGCUCUCCAAGAAGAAAGCCUGGAGGAGACACACAGAUGACCCAAGCAAGGAGUGCUUCACGCUGAAAUUUGACCUGAACGUGGAUAUCGAGACAGAGAUCGUACCAGCCAUGAAGAAGAAGUCGCUGGGGGAGGUGCUGCUGCCAGUAUUUGAAAGGAAGGGCAUUGCGCUGGGCAAAGUGGAUAUCUACCUGGACCAGUCCAACACGCCCCUGUCCCUCACCUUUGAGGCCUACAGGUUCGGGGGACACUACCUGCGGGUCAAAGCCAAGCCAGGGGACGAGGGGAAGGUGGAGCAGGGGGUGAAGGACUCCAAGUCCCUGAGUCUGCCAAUCCUGCGGCCAGCCGGGGCUGGGCCCCCCACCCAGGAGCGUGUGGACCCGCAGAGCCGCCGGGAGAGCCUGGACAUCCUGGCCCCUGGCCGCCGACGCAAGAACAUGUCGGAGUUCCUGGGGGAGGCGAGCAUCCCUGGGCAGGAGCCCCCAGCGCCCUCCAGCUGCUCUCUGCCCAGCGGCAGCAGUAGCGGCAGCAGCAGCAGUGGCGGCAGUGACAGCUGGAAGAACCGGGCGGCCAGUCGCUUCAGCGGCUUCUUCAGCUCAGGCCCCAGCACCAGCGCCUUCGGCCGGGAGGUGGCCAAGCUGGAGCAGCUGGAGGGCAAGCUGCACGCCUACAGCCUCUUUGGGCUGCCCAGGCUGCCCCGGAGGCUGUGCUUUGACCAUGACUCAUGGGAGGAGGAAGGUGACGAAGAGGAGUACGAGGACGACGCCUGCCUGCGGCUGGAGGACAGCUGGCGGGAGCUCAUCGAUGGCCACGAGAAGCUGACCCGGCGGCAGUGCCACCAGCAGGAGGCGGUGUGGGAGCUCCUGCACACAGAGGCCUCCUACAUUAAGAAACUGAGGGUGAUCACCAACCUGUUCCUGUGCUGCCUCCUGAAUCUGCAAGAGUCAGGGCUGCUGUGUGAGGUGGAGGCGGAGCGCCUGUUCAGCAACGUCCCGGAGAUCGCGCGGCUGCACCGCGGGCUGUGGGGCAGCGUGAUGGCGCCAGUGCUGGAGAAGGCGCGGCGCACGCGGGCGCUGCUGCAGCCCGGGGAUUUCCUCAAAGGCUUUAAGAUGUUCGGCUCCCUCUUCAAGCCCUACAUCCGAUACUGCAUGGAGGAGGAGGGCUGCAUGGAGUACAUGCGGGGCCUACUACGCGACAACGACCUCUUCCGGGCCUACGUCACGUGGGCCGAGAAGCACCAGCAGUGCCAGCGGCUGAAGCUGAGCGACAUGCUGGCCAAGCCCCACCAGCGGCUCACCAAGUACCCGCUGCUGCUCAAGUCGGUGCUAAGGAAGACCGACGAGCCGCGCGCCAAGGAGGCCGUCGUCACCAUGAUCGGCUCGGUGGAGCGCUUCAUCCACCACGUGAACACGUGCAUGCGGCAGCGACAGGAGAGGCAGCGGCUGGCGGCCGUGGUGAGCCGCAUCGACGCCUACGAGGUGGUGGAGGGCAGCAACGACGAGGUGGACAAGCUCCUGAAGGAAUUUCUACAUCUGGACCUGACAGCACCCAUCCCUGGCGCCUCCCCUGAGGAGACACGCCAGCUGCUGCUGGAAGGGAGCCUGAGGAUGAAGGAGGGGAAGGACAGCAAGAUGGACGUGUACUGCUUCCUCUUCACCGACCUGCUCUUGGUGACCAAGGCAGUGAAGAAGGCAGAGAGGACCAAGGUGAUCAGGCCACCACUGCUGGUGGAAAAGAUCGUGUGCCGGGAGCUUCGGGACCCUGGGUCCUUCCUUCUCAUCUACCUGAACGAGUUCCACAGUGCUGUGGGGGCCUACACGUUCCAGGCCAGCGGCCAGGCUUUGUGCCGUGGCUGGGUGGACGCCAUCUACGAUGCCCAGAGCCAGCUUCAGCAGCUGCGUGUGCAGGAGCACCCAGGCAGCCAGCAGCACCUGCAGAGCCUGGAAGAGGAGGAGGACGGGCCGGAGGACGAGGACGAGGAAGGAGGGGAGAGCAGCGCAUCGGCUGCCAGUUCCCCUACCGCCCUGCGCAAAAGCAGCAGCAGCCUCGACUCGCAGCGCUGUGUCUCGGAUGGCUCCACGGAGACCCUGGCCAUGGUGGUGGUGGAGCCUGGGGGGAUGCUGUCCUCUCCCGAGUUCGAGGGCGGCCCCUUCAGCUCCCAAUCAGACGAGACCUCUCUCGGCACCACCGCCUCGUCUGUCACGCCCACCAGCGAGCUGCUGCCCCUGGGCCCAGUGGAUGGCCGCUCCUGCUCUAUAGACUCCGCCUACGGCACCCUCUCCCCGACCUCCCUGCAAGACUUUAUGGCCCCGGCCCCUACGGUGGAGCCAGCACUCCGGCCCCCAGAGUCAUCGCGAGCCCCUUCACCCCCACCCUCGCCCCGCCUCCGCCGACGCACUCCUGUCCAGCUGCUGCCCUGUCUGCCCCACCUGCUCAAGUCCAAAUCUGAGGCCAGUCUCCUCCAGCUGCUGUCGGGGGCCACCACCCGUGGAGCACCCCCAGCCCCUAGCCGCAGCCUGUCGGAACUCUGCUUGGCUGCUACCGUCCCUGGCACCAGGACUCGGGGCUCCCCUCAGGAAGCUGGGCCCAGCUGGGAUUGCCAGGGGGCACCAGGCCCUGGCAGUGGCCCCGAGCUGUCAGAGCUGGAGGGUGGAGCCGGCUGCCCAGCUGGGGAGCCCAAAGGACCCACCAGGAGGAGCAGAGAGCUGUCCUCGGGGGCCUCGCCCAGGGUCCAGCCUGAGCCCCCCCCAGGGACCUCUGCCCAGCACAGGAAGCUGACGUUGGCCCAGCUCUACCGAAUCAGGACCACCCUGCUGCUUAACUCCACCCUCACUGCCUCGUGAGUGGCCUGGCCUGGGACAGGUGGCCCAGUGUGCUGGGGGCACUAUCAUGGCGGGGAGCAGAUGGCAUUUGGGGACGGGUGUGGGAGAGGGAGCCUGAGACCAGCCUCAGCACCUGGUGAGGAGGAAACAGUGGGCAGUGGUGAAGAAGAGGCCUGAGGAUCCCGGUCGGGAGGAGAGGGUGGCUGGAGCCCCUCCGGAUGCCUUCAGCCAAGGAAGGCCCAUCUCUCCCCUCCUCUCCACUGCAGGGAGGUCUGAGCAGAGGGAGGCUCCCAGGGGUGCCACUGACCAAGGGACAGCAGACAGCACGCCUCCUGGGGUGUGCCGGCCCCUGCUCCAGCUGCUGCCUUAUGUGUGCCCCAGCCAGAGUGCUGGGCAGGACCCCUGCCACCGCCCCCAGGGCCCAAUUUGCACUUUGCCAGACUGGCUGGAAGUGGAGGAGGGCUCAGCAGAGGCCCAGGCCCAGGCUGCAGGGCCCUGUUACAGCCACCACUGUCACUAACCUGCCUGUGCCUCCGCCCCCCAGCCUAGGCAGGGUCCCUUGCCCAAUACCCCCGGAGUCACCAGCUCCAAGCCUCUGGGCUGGGCUCCAGGGCUGGGAUCCCAGGCAGCCCUUCCCACCUCCACCCUCAUCUGGCCCCAAUGGGACGGUUCCCCUGCCCUCGCCUCCCUCCCUCCCUCCCUCCCUCCCUCCCUCCCUCCCACCUACCCACCCACCCAGACCUGGGCUGGGCUCUGUGUAAAGUUGCAUAUUUAUUGAGCUUUUGAUUCUUUUAUAAAGACUUGUAUAUACUCCA